CAAUACAAUUUAAUGCCAUCACAGGCUGGGAUCGCAAACUCCAAGCCUCCAGGACUGAACCUUCCGGAGACUAAAAGUGAAAAGGAACUGCCGAGGGAAGGGAGAAAAGUAUUAAAGAGGGAGACACACAACACGUGGGCCUGCGGCCGGGCGGGAGCUUUCCGCAGGGAUCUCCAAGGCCUGCAGGUUUGCCUGCAAUGAGAUUUUAUUCUCUACACUUAAAGAACAUUCUUUCUGAGCUGCUGUGAAUAAAUUUGGAAUGGUAUUGUCUAUUUUCAACUAAUGGAGAAUUAGCUGUAUCUUGAACAAGGAUUGCUGUACUGGACAACUUCAGAACAUUACUCACAAUGUCAUCAAACAGGAGUCAGAAUCCUCAUGGACUGAAGCAGAUCGGUCUUGACCAGAUCUGGGAUGACCUCAGAGCUGGAAUUCAGCAAGUAUAUACCAGACAAAGCAUGGCGAAGUCCAGAUACAUGGAACUCUACACUCAUGUUUAUAACUACUGUACUAGUGUGCAUCAGUCCAACCAAGCCCGGGGGGCUGGAGUCCCUCCUUCCAAGUCAAAAAAGGGGCAGACUCCUGGGGGAGCUCAAUUUGUUGGCUUGGAGUUAUACAAGCGGUUGAAGGAGUUUUUGAAGAAUUACUUGACAAAUCUUCUUAAGGAUGGAGAAGAUUUAAUGGAUGAGAGUGUGCUGAAGUUCUACACUCAGCAGUGGGAAGAUUACCGAUUCUCCAGCAAAGUGCUGAAUGGAAUCUGUGCCUACCUCAAUAGACAUUGGGUUCGCCGCGAAUGUGAUGAAGGACGAAAAGGAAUAUAUGAAAUCUAUUCACUUGCAUUGGUGACAUGGAGAGAUUGUUUGUUCAGGCCAUUGAAUAAACAGGUAACAAAUGCUGUCCUAAAACUGAUCGAAAAGGAAAGAAAUGGUGAAACCAUCAAUACAAGACUCAUAAGUGGAGUUGUACAAUCUUAUGUGGAACUGGGGCUGAAUGAAGAUGAUGCAUUUGCAAAGGGCCCUACGUUAACAGUGUAUAAAGAAUCCUUUGAAUCUCAAUUUUUGGCUGACACAGAGAGAUUUUAUACCAGAGAAAGUACUGAAUUCUUGCAGCAGAACCCAGUUACUGAAUAUAUGAAAAAGGCUGAGGCUCGUUUGCUUGAGGAACAGCGGAGAGUUCAGGUUUACCUCCAUGAGAGCACACAAGAUGAACUAGCACGGAAAUGUGAGCAGGUCCUCAUCGAAAAACACUUGGAAAUUUUCCACACAGAGUUUCAGAAUUUGUUGGAUGCUGACAAGAAUGAAGAUUUGGGCCGCAUGUAUAAUCUUGUAUCUAGAAUUCAAGAUGGCCUAGGAGAAUUGAAAAAACUACUAGAAACUCAUAUUCAUAAUCAGGGUCUUGCAGCAAUUGAGAAGUGUGGAGAAGCUGCUCUAAAUGACCCCAAGAUGUAUGUGCAGACAGUGCUGGAUGUUCACAAAAAAUACAAUGCCCUGGUGAUGUCAGCAUUCAACAAUGACGCUGGCUUUGUGGCUGCACUUGAUAAGGCUUGUGGUCGCUUCAUAAACAACAAUGCAGUUACCAAAAUGGCCCAGUCAUCCAGUAAAUCCCCUGAGCUGCUUGCUCGGUACUGUGACUCCUUGUUGAAGAAAAGUUCCAAGAACCCAGAAGAGGCGGAGCUAGAAGACACCCUCAAUCAAGUGAUGGUGGUCUUCAAAUACAUCGAGGACAAAGAUGUGUUUCAAAAGUUCUAUGCAAAGAUGCUUGCCAAGAGACUGGUGCAUCAGAACAGUGCGAGUGACGAUGCUGAAGCAAGCAUGAUCUCCAAAUUAAAGCAAGCUUGUGGUUUUGAGUACACUUCCAAACUUCAGCGAAUGUUUCAAGACAUUGGUGUAAGCAAAGAUCUGAAUGAACAGUUCAAAAAGCACCUAACGAAUUCAGAACCACUGGACUUGGACUUCAGUAUUCAGGUCCUGAGUUCCGGAUCGUGGCCCUUUCAGCAGUCUUGCACAUUUGCCUUGCCAUCAGAGUUGGAGCGCAGUUACCAGCGAUUUACAGCUUUCUACGCCAGCCGUCACAGUGGCAGAAAAUUGACGUGGUUGUAUCAGCUGUCCAAAGGGGAGCUAGUCACCAACUGCUUCAAAAACAGAUACACUUUGCAGGCGUCCACGUUCCAGAUGGCAAUCCUGCUUCAGUACAACACAGAAGAUGCCUAUACUGUGCAGCAGUUGACUGACAGCACGCAGAUUAAGAUGGACAUUUUGGCACAAGUCCUACAGAUUUUACUCAAGUCCAAGUUGCUGGUCUUGGAAGAUGAAAAUGCAAAUGUUGAUGAGGUGGAAUUGAAGCCAGACACCUUAAUAAAGUUAUAUCUUGGUUAUAAAAAUAAGAAAUUAAGAGUUAAUAUCAAUGUACCAAUGAAAACAGAACAGAAGCAGGAACAAGAAACUACACACAAAAAUAUAGAGGAAGACCGCAAACUACUGAUUCAGGCGGCUAUCGUAAGAAUCAUGAAAAUGAGGAAAGUCCUGAAACACCAGCAGUUACUUGGUGAAGUCCUCACUCAGCUGUCCUCUAGGUUCAAACCUCGGGUCCCAGUGAUCAAGAAAUGCAUUGAUAUUCUCAUCGAAAAAGAGUAUUUGGAGCGAGUUGAUGGUGAAAAGGACACCUACAGUUACUUGGCUUAACCCAUCUCAAAGGGUCUAUGCGACCCCAAGCAAAUAGUUUCAGUGAAUAGAACGGAAACAACUCAAGUUCAUAGCAGCCAGCCUGCCGCCAUUUGGACCUCCCUUUUUAAAGCUGAGACCACAGUUCCUACCAGCUGGUCUCAAGCUACAGCAGGACUGCUCAGGACUGACACAUUUCAGUCUGUAAACAGACGCCAACGCCAUUUACCCUACCUUAUGGACAGAGGGGAACCGAACCUUCCAUGCUGAGGCUGCAUGCUACUGCACUUAAAUCAAUACAUUGGCUCCCUGGUUAACAGCUGUCGCCUAAGGCAGCGCACGAGAGCGAGUCUGAAUGGACCCACGUGUAAUCUGCUAUGAAAACCAUUUGUAUAGUGUGUUUCAUUUUUUUAAUGUGUGAAAAUAAAGAAAAUUAAAGGAUUUCUGUACAAGUUGCAUUUGGUUUUGUUUUAAGUUUUACUAAUUUCUAUAUGUAAAUAAAAGAUUUAAUGAUUGUGCAAGUGUA